UACUUCAAUUAAUAUUCACUUUCACUAAGUAUAGCAUAAAGAAAUUUUCGUUUAAAAUAAUAAAAACAAAAUUGUAGAUCUAAGAUUUAAUUGUGAUGUUAAGGUUAUGUUUUCAGCUACUACUGAAAUAUUUUCACGAAAUGAAUUAAAUGUUAUAUCUAAUGCCUAAUUAAUACCUAAAAAAGAUAUAUGUUGCAACACAACUGAGUCCAUGGAUAUUCCCCGUAAAUAUAAUUGUUAUACGUAGAUCUCUUCGUGUUCCAAAAUCAAAACGUGCCUGGUAUAAUCGUUGACGAAUUACUAUUAUAUAGUUAGAAUAGCAACAAAGUAUACCGGUGGAAAAAGAGAAGUAGGGGAAAAAAGAGAGAGAAAAAGACAAUUUCUUUUCUACAGUGGACUCUUCAGUUUGUGGUUAUCGGCGAGAGGCACACAGAACCGAAACGCUAUUGCGCGAAACAAUUUCCUCCGUUUCUUACUACGAUUCUGUUUCACGCAUAGUUCCGGCCGUUUCCCCGCGUGCUUUUAUUUUAUUCGAGAGUAAAAGAAAAAAAAAAAAGAAAACAUAAGAACCGUGCGUGUUAAAUAUAUACGUGUGAAAAUUGUACGAAGAAAAAAAUUAUAAAAAUGCUACUCGGAACAUGAAAAAAAAAAAAGAAACAAGAAGAGGUUAGAAUGGAAACUUGUGAACGUAAUGAAAAUAUAAUUAAUAUGUAAAAAGAAUGAUGAUGUUCUCUUUGUCGAAUGAAGAAAAAAAGAACGUGAGUAAGUCGAUGGCUUUUACAAUAAGAUCAAGCUACGAUAUAGAUAUGUAAUAAUUAAAUACAUAUUGUGUUUUUUCUUGUAUGACGACUACUGCUUGACAAUUCAUACGACGACGAUUAUGGUGACGACUACACAAGAAUGUAAACGGACUGACAACGGGUGGAGGACUAUGCGCAGUGCAGUAUCACAUGUCAAUGUUCACCGCGCAUGUACUUACCGGUGAAAACGACAUGGCAGGUGUUUCGAUUGCUUCUUAUUGUUGACUAUUUUUAAUAGAUAAGAGAUUAACUACGAUUACUCUGAAGGACAAUGAUAACGCAUACGUUAGAUAAUAAUUUAUAAAAUUAUUUAUUUUAAUUUAUUUUAAUUAAUUGCCAAAGUUAUUGUGAACAUGUCGAACACACGCGAAGCAGAGGUACAAAAUCUCAAGGAACGUGGAAACGCGUGUGUAAAAGAACAAAAAUACGAAGAAGCUAUGUUUCAUUAUACUCAUGCCAUUAAACUAGAUCCACAAAAUUAUUCCUUGUAUAGUAAUCGAUCAUUUGCAUUUUUAAAAUUACAACAAUAUCAUUUUGCAAUGGAAGAUGCAUUAAUGACAAUUCAAUUAAAACCUGAUUGGACCAAGGGUUAUUUUAGAAAAGCUGAAGUAGAAUCACAAACAUUUCGUUUCAGUGAAGCACUUCAAUCUUACAAUAAAGCUUUAUCCCUUCAACCAAAUGAACCAACAAUUUUAGAGGCAAUGAAUAGAGUGUCCCGAUUAUUAAUUAAAGACAAACGAGCUGAUCAACAAAUACCCUGGCUUGGAGCUGGUGUUGGUAUCAUACUUGGUGUAAUAGUUGUAAUUGCAGAUUAUGUUUUUACAAAUAAACCUACAUUAACGAUGCAACAUCCUCUUUUGAUGGCCUUAUUGACAAUGUCUAUAGCAAUGUUGGGUUUUGGCAUUGCAAAAGGAUUCCGUUAUUUCAUAAAAUGUCAGAGAAAAUCACUUUUGGAACCUCCAGUGGAUCUUUUUGGUGAUAACAAAGAAGAAUUUGAUGAUAUUGAAACUGAAAUGAAUAAUGAAAAAGAAAAACAUCCCAAAUAUAGUAAAGCACAAGCAAGACAAAGAUUCAAGAAAGGAAAAUCGUAGUGUGCUUUGAUAUUAAUGAUAUACAUGCAUUUUUAUGUAAAUUUUAACAUCAUACACUUUUUAGCAUCUCAGGAAAGCACUGAUUACUUAUAAUCAAUGUUAUUAGAUAACAUAAACAACAGAAAAUUAUAUUGGUACUAUUUAUAUUUUAUACUUCUGUUAUUGUUAAAUAAUGUUAAAGUAUUGAAAACAUGUGCCAGAAUUUCUGUAUUUCUUUAUAUUUUGUGUUUAAAAAUUUUUAUAUCAAAUAUUUCCUACUUAAUAAUUGAAUCCAUUUACUAAAAAAAUAUUUUAAUCAUUUUGAAAUAUAUAGAAAUAAGCAAUGAUAAUAUAAUUAUUGGUAAGUUAUGUAGUACAAAUAUUUCUAAAUUCCAAAUUAUAAAAAAAAUUUUAUUUGUUAUAUAUAAAUUAUAUGAAUAUUUAAAAAAUAUGAAAUGUUUCAAUUUUUACAAAAAGUAGCAAAAAAUUAUUUAUGUUAUUUACAAUUUGAUAUAGUCAUAUUGUAAUGUUAAAUAAUUUAAAUUACCUUUAUAUGACUCAUACAACGAAUAUCUUAUCUUUGACAUCAAAAGAGCGCGAUUACACUCAAUUUUUUGCACUAUUCAUCAUCACUAAUAAACGUAAAAGAAUUUUAAGUAAAUAUAAUCAAUUGCAGAA